UUUAAUUUAUAGAACAAGUAUAACUUUUUUUAAAAAUAUUGGAUGAAUUGAAAUGAAAAUUGGGAAAUUAUGUCAGCAAAUCCCCAAAAAUUAAAUAAUUAGAAAAAGUAAAUUUACGAAGGAAUUCACAAUGUCCUUCCCCUGUCGUAGAGCCAAUUUUCAGCGACAAAUGCUUCAGCACGUAGCUUAUCUAACGAUCUGUACGGCGCUGCUACCGAUCACCGAAAGCUCUUUUCUUGCUCCAAGUAACUUCAACGUUCCUUCUAUUUGAGUUAUUUUAUUUUCAAUUAGCGGUACCUUUCUCACGCAUACAGUGAGAUCUCCCCUGUGGAUCAGUAGAAAGGCAAGUUUCAGUCUUCAUUCCAAGAAUUUGUGCAACGCAGGUUUAGAUUGUUGGGUCUUGUUGGGAGUUUUUUUUUGUUUUAAAAACAUUAAGUUUACUUAUUAAGGGUCUCUUUUAUUGUGUUCAUUCAGUUUUAAACUCCUGGGUUUGUGAGAAUCAUGAGAGAUUAAGUUCCAGGUAUGCUUUUGAAUGCUAGGAGUUGGUAUAAACUGUAUUAGGUUCAUCGGAUUUCUGUGAGAUUUUACUGCUUCUGUGGUUGCCCAGAAAAUGGAAGGAGGUAGAGCGAAAUCUUGUUGUUUUAUGCUCUUUUGUCCUUUAGUUUCUUAUGAUGGAGAUCAGCUUGAGUAAGCGGUGAGCCAAGUGCUUACAUUAGGCGUAAUUAAGUGGUUUUGUUGAUUUUUUUGACAUUGGCAUGUCUGAAAUUUGAGAUUGUAGAUUGUUUCCUAUUUCUUCUUUUCUCAGCGACUGAACAUCCUUAGAGUGCUUGCUACUUUUGGAUUCAGUUUGUUUACGUAUGGAUACUUCAGGUUUGGGGGGGCGUUUUCUGUCAGGUCCAACUGGUGGAUUAUUAGACCUUGAGACACCAAUUCAUAGACAACAGCUGAUCCAAUUGGCUCUUCCCUCGUUAAUCAAACAAAAUCAUAUGAAUUUAGUAGGUGGCCUUGAGAAUGAUCAUCAAACCAUUGGGCUAAUGGAAGUAAAAGUCUCAAUCCCAAAAGAAUAUUCAGUGAGUUUCAGUAAAGGGAAAGCAGUUAGCUGUUUUACUGCUACAAAUGAUGGUAGUGUGAGUGAAGAUGAUGAACCAAGCUUUACAGAAGAUAGCAAUGGUGAGAACUACAUUGGGGCUAAGGGUAAAAAGGGAUCCCCAUGGCAGCGAAUGAAAUGGACAGAUAAUGUGGUUAGGCUUCUGAUAGCAGUGGUUGCUUGUGCGGGUGAUGAUGGUGCAUUUGAGGGUGUUGAGGGGCUUAAGAGGAAAUCUGGGAUCCUGCAGAAGGAAGGUAAGUGGAAAACUGUGUCAAAGAUAAUGAUCAGUAAGCGCUGUCAUGUUUCGCCGCAACAAUGUGAAGAUAAGUUCAAUGAUUUGAAUAAGAGGUACAAGAGGUUGAAUGAUAUUCUUGGAAGGGAAACCAGUUGUAGAGUGGUAGAGAACCCUGCUCUUAUGGACUCAAUGCCUCAUCUUUCAGCUAAAGCAAAGGAUGAUGUUAGAAAGAUAUUGAGCUCAAAACAUUUGUUUUACAAGGAAAUGUGUGCUUACCAUAAUGGACAGAGGAUACCCAACUGCCAAGAUCUUGAUCUACAAGGCAGUUCACUACCCAUUGAAAGGUGUUCAAGAGACAAUAAUGGCUCAGAGGAAGAGGAAGCUGAGGGGCAUGAUGAUAGCGAUGAUGAUGAAUCAGACAGUGAAGGUGACCUUAAGGCUAAAAAGGAUGAGGAGAAGAUGGGAAAGUUCAAGAGCAGCAAAGUAAAUGAAGAGGACGACCAUCUCUGGUCUCAAUCAGGUAUAUGCAAUGGCUUUGAAGUUGAAAUGUCUGGGAUUUUUCAAGAUCCUACAGUGUCAUUAUGGGAGAAAAAGAAGUGGAUUAAGAAACAGAAGUUUCAGCUCCUUGAGCAGAGGAGGGUCUGCAUCCUGGCUCAAGCAUUUGAGCUUGAGAAACAGCACAUUAAGUGGUUGAGAUACUGCAGCAAGAAAGAUAGGGAGUUUGAGAGAUUAAGGCUGGAAAAUGAGAGGAUGAGGCUAGAGAAUGAGCAAAGCAUAUUGCAACUGAGGCAGAAGCAACUGGAAAUGGAUUUCAGGAGCUCAGAAACAUCUCGACACCCCACAUCCCUUGGUAUUGACAGAAUGCAAGGAAGAGAUCAAAUUGAUCUGGGCAGGCAUUGAUAAAUCUUUCAAGGUUUAAAGAACUAACUGUCCCUGUAUGCUAUAUGAUUGUUCCCAAUCAAACUAUUCUAGCUUUAUGUAUAUGAAGUAACUAACCUUGUGCGCCAUGUGUAUAUGUAUCUCUUUAGAUUAACAUUAGGAAUAGCUGAUCUAUUUUUUGAGCUUUUUGCUAGACAGUUGAAAGUUCAAUGCUGCAUCUUUUAGUACUUAUGGGGCGUGAAUGCACCUGGAAAGUGUUAACUCUGAAUAGUUCAGAGGUUUUUGUAUAAUUUGGUUACUACACUGGCGAUAAUAGAGCCGUUUAUACAUAGGACAAUGAAACGUUACCUUAUUCUAUUGUAUUGAUCUCCUAGUCGUAUUUUGCUA